AUGCCUCACGCCGAGCCGUUAUACUCUGACUUCUUCUACCCUCCUCUGACUGAAGAUGUGGAGGAACUCCUCGCUCGUUUCCAGCAGACCGACUCGGUCAGGUAUCAGGACUUUUCGGCCGUCUGGAGGGAGAUGAGCUUCUCGGAUGUGUUUCUGGGCGUGUCCGGUGAAGGUGAGCUGAGGAGGUUCUGCAGGACGACGCUGGCCACGGCCAUGAAGUACUUCCUGCCUCCUUACAGCUACCAGAUCCGAGUGGGAGGUCUGUAUCUGAUGUUUGCUUUCUACCACACGCAGCCGGCGGCCCCGCCCGUGCAGAUCAGACUGGCUCUGAGGGACUGGGCUCAGGUCCACAAGUUCCUGAAGAACUCUGUGGACUCUGGGCAUCUCGACGUCGUUUACAUAUAUCGAAAACUUUUUGAAACCAAAGCCAUCUCCUACACCGCCAUGCCGCAUUUCCUCACCUUCCAGAAGCAGAGGAAACCAAAAAAGGAAGCGGUGUGUGCAGAGUUUCUCGGGAGGACGACCGCCAUGCAGGAUCUCCUCUCUAUGGACAUCCUGGACGAGUUGACCCACAUCCAGAACCAGUAUGAGAAGCUGAAGGAGGGCACGGUGGAGGUCAGGAGCCAGGCGACCAUGACUCAUCGAGACUUCUCCGCACGACUGAAAGGAUGCAUGUCAGAGUUCUUCAAGUGGCAGGAGAAGACUUUCUCCCAGGGUGACAAACGCAAGGACGAUGAAGAUGAAGACGAGGAGGAGGGAGGUGGGAAGUCCAGCAGCAAGAGCAGAGCCAGCAUCCUGUCCUCCAUCAAGCAGAAGAGCUACUCUAACUUCCAGCAGGCGUCUAAAUCGAGGAGGCACCGACAGGCUGAGACGGUGGACUCCGCAGGCUCCGGAGCCGAGCUCAUCCAGGAGGCUGCAGACGCCGCUGUGCACCCGAGGAGGCCUCCCUCUCUGCGGGCUCGGACCUGGAAGAACCUCGGAGUGACAAAGGAUGAGAGCCGGCUCCAGGCGUGGCUCCUGAGUGCUCCGGAUCAGGAGAGGGUGCCGGUGAAAAGGACCAGCCAGGUAGCUGCUGGUAGACCAUGAAGGGAGAGAAGGGGUAUUUAAGCUACAUAAAGGAGGACUUCUGUUAUCGUUCUGGUUCAUUCAGGGACACAAAUGGGGAAAGGAUGCUUUAAUUUGUUGUAUUCAGUAGUUUCACUUAAGUUUGCAUUCAGUUUCUGUUAAAAAAAAAAAAAAGUAUAUUGAUAAAUUUAUUUAAUUCAAAGUCCUACACUCAUUUUGAAAUUGCCUGUUGAAGUAAAAAA